AUCUUUGCGAUUGAUUUGCAAAAAAAAGUUUACGUUCAUUCGAAAUGUCCGAUUGGAGAACAGGAUUCCUGUGUUUGAUGGCUCGUCCCCGGGAACCACUUUUCUACCCCAAGUAUGGCGGGAAAACGUACGUGAAACUGCCCGGGAAUUUUCUCAGUGAUCGGUACCGCCCGGUUGCCGAUUCCAUUGCGAAACGGUUCGAGAAGGCCGAGCACCAUAUUGCAAUUAAGUCGAUCGAUCUGCCAGAUUUGAGCUAUGCAGAGGUGAUACCACGUUAUGGACAUUGUAACUUUUUCGGACCCGAACAUCGAAGGAUCGCUGGGAGGUUGGUGAAGGAGUUCAUGGAUCAACCGAACCCGGAAGCACUGUUGUCAAUGGCAUCGUACGCCAGGGACAGAUUGCACCCAUCGCUGUUUCAGUAUGCUUUGUCGGUUGUGUUACUGGAAAGAACGGAUAUCUUGAACGUUCCCCUGCCAUCGCUUGUCGAAGUAUUCCCUCAUCGAUUUGUUGAUCCACUUUUGUUUCCCAGAUUGCGAGAGGAAGGAUUUGUGGUGGAGCAGUCACAACGAAUGGCCAUUGAUAUUCCGUUGAAUUAUACGGCUUCACAGGAGGAUGUAGAACAACGAAUGGCUUACUUCCGGGAAGACAUCGGGGUGAAUCUUCACCACUGGCAUUGGCAUUUGGUGUAUCCACAGGAUGGGCCAAUCGUAAUCGUUCAGAAGGACAGACGGGGUGAGCUGUUCUACUAUAUGCACCAUCAGAUAAUGGCUCGAUAUAACACCGAACGGUUCUGUAAUGAUUUGCCUUCCAUAAAACCACUUCAAAAUCUGAGGGAAUCUGUUCCGGAGCCCUACUUCCCUAAAAUAUUGAACAGUGCCACAAACAAGACCUAUGCAUCGAGGAAUAGAAAUACAACACUAAGCCACGUAAAUAGACCAGCUGAUGAUGCAGUUGGGACUAUUUUGGAAAUUGAAAACUGGGUUGCUCGAUUUAUGGAUGCAGUCCAAUCACGAACAGUAGUUGGGCCGAAUGGUGAGCGCCUUCCUCUCGAAGAUAGCAACGGUAUAGAUAUUCUCGGAAAUCUAAUGGAGAACUCUAUUCUAUCUGUGAAUAUACCAUACUAUGGAAAUAUCCAUUCGAUGUUGCAUAAUUUGUUGGGAUUCGCUCAUGACCCAGACAAUUUGUACCUGGAAGGACCUGGGGUGAUCGGUGAAAUAUCAACAGCGAUGCGUGAUCCAAUUUUCUAUCGGCUGCAUCAGUUCAUCGAUGAUCUAUUUGAGCAAUACAAAAAAGGGCUUACGCCCUAUACUAAGCAGGAAUUGGGAUUCCCUGGUGUAACAAUUGGAGACGUUUCGGUACAAGUUACCAAUGGGCGAGCGGCAGUGAAUCGUCUGCUCACAUUCUGGCAAAGAUCCCAAGUGGACUUGGCAGUUGGGCUUGAUUUCGGUCCGGAGGGUAACGUUUUCGCAACAUUCACUCAUCUCCAACAUGCACCGUUCAGUUAUCGAAUCGAAGUGAUGAACGACACCCAGAAAUUCAGAAAGGGUACCGUACGUAUCUUCUUGGCGCCGGUGUUUUUCGGAACGAAGAAACCCAUCAAUUUCCAAAAGCAACGUCGCCUCGCCAUCGAGUUGGAUAAAUUCGUUGUUAACUUGACUCCUGGUUCAAACACCAUAAUUCGUCGGUCGGACGAGUCCAGUGUAGCAAUCCCAUUCGAAAGGACCUUCCGACGUCAGGAUAUUUCAACGAUGCGUGGUACACAUCGUUAUAGAGCAUGCAACUGUGGCUGGCCUAGUCAUAUGCUUAUCCCUAAAGGUUCAUCCGACGGAAUGCCCUACGAUCUGUUCGUUAUGAUCUCCGAUUACAAAGAUGAUUCGGUUAAUCUGGAUUUCAAUGAGAAAGCUGACUGCAACGAUUCACAUUCGUACUGUGGCCUUCGUGAUCGCAAAUAUCCAGAUCGCAGACAUAUGGGUUUCCCGUUUGAUAGGUUCAUUGAUAAGACGAUUGUUCAGAUGGAAGAUUUCGUGAGAUCAUUUCCCAACAUGAAGCGAACGGUUAUCAAUGUUCAGUUCACAAAUACCGUUAUCUCUAGUCCGUGCAAUAUUUCAGUACUCAAAAUGUCCUCUGCAUCGGGAAAUCGUAAGCUGCUCGCGCUUAUGCAGCGCCCAUUGGAGCCAACUUUCUACCCGAAAGAUGACGGCAAGACGGUGAUCGAUCUGCCAGAGAAUUAUCUCACCGAACGGUACCGCCCGAUUGGAGCCAGUCUGCAGAAUCGCUUCGGUAAUGAUGCCGAAGUCAGGAUCCCGGUCCGAAAUACUGGAGAUCCGGAUAUUGCCUUCGCCGAGGCGAUCGAACGUCGCGGUGGAUUUUCGCUGUUCAACAAAACGCACCGUAAGAUCGCCGGUGAUUUGAUUGCGCUCUUUCUGAAUCAACCCGAUGUGGACGCGUUGAUGAGUGUCGCUUCGUUCGCUCGUGAUCGUCUGAAUCCAGUGCUGUUCCAGUAUGCACUGUCGGUUGCCAUCCAGCAUCGGCCAGACACGGCGGAUCUCAACAUCCCAUCGUUUUUGCAAUUGUUCCCAGAUACGUUCAUCGAUCCUUCCACGUUCCCAAAGUUGCGCGAGGAAGGAGCUGUUGUUCAACAGGAGAAUCGAAUGACCAUCGAGAUUCAGAUGAACUUCACUGCUUCGGACCGUGAAGAUGAGCAGCGGUUGGCUUUCUUCCGUGAGGAUAUCGGUGUCAAUCUCCACCAUUGGCACUGGCAUUUGGUGUACCCAGGGGAUGGACCGGACCAAGUUGUUCGUAAGAACCGCCGUGGCGAGCUGUUCUACUACAUGCAUCAACAACUGAUCGCCCGCUACAAUGUGGAGCGUUUCUGCGCCCGUCUGGCUCGCGUUCGCCCACUCAAUAAUCUGCGUGAACCCCUUCCUGAAGGUUACUUCCCGAAAAUCAUCAGAACUGCCAACAAUCGAGCUUUCCCCCCACGGCCGCAGAACCAAAUUCUGAGGGAUGUGAACCGUGUUGACGAUGACGUGAUCUUCACCGUUAACGAUUUGGAACGUUGGGGAAGCCGCAUUGCUGAAAGUAUUGAUGCUGGUUUCUUGAUGGGUCCAAAUGGAACGCGUAUUCCUCUGGAUGAAAACACUGGUAUCGACUUUCUCGGAGAUAUAAUGGAACCAUCUGCUUUGUCCGUGAACCGUCAGUACUAUGGAAGCUACCAUGGUGAUAUGCAUAACGUCAUUGCCUACAGUCAUGACCCAGACAACCGUUUCUUGGAAGGCUAUGGAGUGGUCGGAGAGUUCCAGACUGCCAUGCGUGAUCCGAGCUUCUAUCGUUUACAUUGUCAGGUCGACAAUAUGUUCCAUCGCUUCAAGAAUACUUUGGCUCCUUAUCCGGCUAAUCAGUUGAAUUACAACGGAAUUCAAAUUCAAUCGUUUGGUGUUCAGUUGAAUCGAGCUAAUGCGCCUGCCAACGUUCUGCUAACUUAUUGGCAAAGAUCACAGAUUGAUCUGGCCACUGGAUUGGACUUCGGACCACAAGGAAAUGUAUUUGCCUCGUUCACACAUCUCCAGCAUGCCCCGUUCACUUAUCGACUGACCGUAAACAACACUACCGGGUCGAUGAAACGUGGUACUUGUCGCAUCUUCAUUGGUCCCAAAACUGAUGAACGCAACACAGCCCUUACGUACAGAGAACAACGCAUUCUGAUGGUCGAACUGGAUAAGUUCCGCGUGACCCUCAACCCCGGAUCGAACAACAUCGUUCGUCGUUCGGAGCAGUCCAGCAUUACUAUUCCGUACGAAAGAACCUUCCGUUCGGUGGCUCUAUCUAACGAGGCAGGCACGGAACAGUUCCGGUUCUGCAACUGUGGCUGGCCACAUCAUUUGCUGGUUCCGAAAGGAACUCCCGAGGGAAUGCCGUUCGAUCUGUUCGUGAUGAUUUCCGAUUACGCUGGCGAUACGGUCAACCAGGAGUUCGAUGAAAAUGUUGACUGCAACGAUUCGCACUCCUUCUGUGGGCUGCGUGACCGUCUGUAUCCCGAUCGCCGUGCAAUGGGCUUCCCAUUCGAACGUCGUGCACCGGACAGCAUUAGAACUCUGCAGGAUUUCGUGCGCGGUAAUACUAACAUGGCACUCACCAAUGUGCAAGUUCGUUUCACGAAUACUGUGAUCGCAAGAACCUAACCUGUACUGAUUUUAAUACAUUGACGCAUGCUGAACCUUGAACGAUGACGAUUGGCUGAAUUUUUAUUGUAUCCGUAGUCUUAGUUUAAAUAAAUUCAUUGCAAAACGAA